AUGUCCGGCAAGCUUGACCAGUCUCUUGACGAGAUCCUCACCACGCGCCGCCGCUCCAACGGCCCUCGCCGCCGCUCUCAGCGCCAGGCCACCACCACCGGCCGUCCCGCCGUUGCCGCACCUGUCGGCGGUGUUCAGAAGAACCCCAGGAACGCGCGCACCCCGGCCAACAAGCCCACUCCAGCCAAGGCCGCCCCCCACACUGGUGACAGCAAGAUCAUCGUGAACAACCUUCCCAAGGACGUGAACGAGCAGCAAAUCAAGGAGUACUUUGCGCAAUCGGUCGGUUUCAUUAAGAAGGUUGAAAUCUCUUACGGACCCAACUCGGUCAGCCGUGGCAUCGCCAAUGUCUCCUUCAGCAAGCCCGAUGGCGCUAGCAAGGCCUUCAACAAGCUCAACGGUCUGUUGGUCGAUGGCCGCCCCAUCAAGAUUGAGAUUGUCGUAGGCGCCUCCCAGGCGGCUAACGUCAUCCCCCCCGCGAAGACGCUCGCCGAGCGCACUUCCCAGCCUAAGUCGCAGGCCAAGGCUCAGCCCAAGUCCGCUGCGUCCAACAAGCACAACGCCGCGAAGACCGCCGGUGCUGCCGGCCGGGGCAAGAAGCCCCGCCAGGGCCGCACUGCUAGGCCCGCGAAGAAGACCGCCGAGGAGCUUGACUCUGAGAUGGCCGACUACUUCGAGGCUGCUCCUGCUGGCACUACUGAUGCUGCCUCUGGCGCUGCCGUUCCCGCUGCCGCUGCCACCGGUGACGCCCCCAUGGAUGAGAUCAUGUAG